GCUUAUCGUUUGCCUCUCUCCCAGGCUCAAUCCCUUUCUCCUAACUCUUAAGACUGCAGCCUGCAAGCACACACCUGAUACAAACAUAUUUUGAAAGGUCCAGUCUCAACCAGACGCAAAGAUGUGCGACCAGACGUUUUUGGCCAUCACGUUUGGCCCGUGUGAUAACUGCAGUCAGAACAAACCUCUGAUGAAUAUUUAUCUGAAGAAUGAGCCCAUCAACUACUGCUCCCUGUGUGUGGAGCUGAUGGCAUGUCAGGGACUAGCGAAGGGGGAAACCAUCCACACGCUGAAAACGGAGUCUGAGACUUUGAAAGCCAAACUAGAAGAGGAGAGAGCUAAACUACACGACGUCGAACUGCAUCAAGUGGCAGAGAAGAUAGAGGCUCUGGGUCAAUUUGUCAUGAAGACUAGGAGAACCCUAAAAGGACAUGGAAAUAAAGUGCUGUGCAUGGACUGGUGCCGGGACAAGAGAAGAAUCGUCAGCUCCUCUCAGGAUGGAAAAGUCAUUGUGUGGGAUGCAUAUACAACCAAUAAGGAGCAUGCGGUCACUAUGCCCUGCACCUGGGUCAUGGCUUGUGCUUAUGCCCCUUCUGGCUGUGCUGUGGCUUGUGGUGGUUUGGAUAAUAAAUGCUCCGUCUAUCCUCUAUCUUUGGAUAAAAAUGAGAACUUGGCAGCUAAAAAGAAAUCUGUGGCGAUGCACACCAACUAUCUGUCUUCCUGCAGCUUCACCAACUCUGAUAUGCAGAUUCUGACAUCAAGUGGUGAUGGGACAUGUGCGUUAUGGGAUGUUGAAAGUGGGCAGCUGCUGCAGAGUUUCCAUGGUCACUCAGCUGAUGUUCUUUCAUUGAACCUCGCACCCUCUGAAACAGGAAACACCUUUGUAUCAGGGGGCUGUGAUAAGAAGGCUAAUGUGUGGGACAUGCGCUCGGGACAGAAUGUUCAGUCCUUUGAAACGCAUGAGUCUGACAUCAACUGUGUGAAGUAUUACCCUAGCGGAGAUGCUUUUGCAACUGGAUCUGAUGAUGCUACGUGUCGCCUGUAUGACCUGCGAGCUGACCGCGAGGUUGCCAUCUACUCCAAAGAGAGUAUCAUAUUUGGAGCCUCUAGUGUGGACUUUUCCCUCAGUGGCCGAUUGCUGUUUGCAGGAUAUAAUGACUACACCAUUAACGUCUGGGAUGUCCUGAAAGGUACCAGAGUGGCAAUUCUCUUUGGCCACGAAAAUCGGGUCAGCUCCGUCAGAGUGUCCCCUGAUGGGACCGCGUUCUGCUCAGGAUCUUGGGACAGCACUUUGCGGGUGAGUGUCCGCUUCAGGUUCUCUGGGGAAAGUGACUUACGUAAUAUACUGUAUAGCAUGGUUUUGCUCUUUACUGGCAUCAGGGACUAUAGAUGGUAGGGACUGGCAGCGGUU